AAAACCGCCGCAGGACGCCAUUUCUUCCUUCCGCUUUCUUCACCAUCAUUCGUCUGUAAUUCCGCUGCUACCCGACCCGUUCUUCUUCCUUUCCAGGUCAGUUCCUUUUCUCGCCGUCAUGAUUGUUUCAGAUUCCGAUUCGGCUACCCCAUCGUCCAAUUCUUGCCAAGCCGAUCAAUCGGCCUCUGGCCGCAACCCCGGCCACACUCAAUCACUCCAGCCGUCACCGUCGGCUGUGUCUGGCCAUAAACGGCGUCGAUUGAGGAAGCAAUUCCCUUCCUCAACCCCGGUAGACGAGGGCUCGAGGGUUGGAUUGGACGAAAAUAUCAUGGCGUUAUGCCAUUGCCAGAUUACUGACUGGGGGUUCGCCGAUGCUACUGACAUGGUCGGACCUUCCAUUGAAGUCAUGAGACCUACCAGCACCCAAACCGCCCUGGACGCCCCUUCAGGGUUCUUCACGGUCCAUCUGGCGUCUUUGAAGAAGGGGCUGCGCUUCUCACUCCACCCGCUUUUGAUCGAAUUCCUCAAUGUGGUGGACCUUCUUCCGUGCCAGUUGGUCCCCAACUCUCACCGGUACAUCGCCGGUUAUUUGGUCCGGUGCAAGGCCGUAGGGGUGAAACCGACUUUGGACCAUUUCCUAUUCACCUUUAAGCUGACCAAGGGUCAUAAGGAUUGGGCGUCCUAUGCCAGCCUUUCCCAGAGGUCCAGUAAGCUCUUUGCUAGCGACAAGAAGGGGUCGACCAAAGACUGGAAACCCUACUUCGUCUUUGUCUCGACGGGGCCCGAAUCUCCUUUCACAGGUUCAGGGCGCCCUUCCUUCCGCCGCAUUCCAUGCCCCCCAUCUGAUGCCACCCUUUUGUCCAUUACUCGCCAACUCUGCAACAAGGGAGUUAUGAACAUCAAAGAGGUGGUAACAGAGGAGACCCUUGCCGGGUUGGGGUUUGAGUUUCUUCAGGAUGAGCUUCGCCACCAACCCGACCUACUGAGGGACAUUCCUGGGGGGCAUCAGCCCGUCCAGCCGAAGGACAUUCCUGAGGAAGGUCUUGACUGUGGUCCUUUCGUGGAAUUACAAGAUUCAGGAGAAGAGAUGGACGGCGAUCUCCUACUCAGUCGCUUCACUGCAGGGAAGAAGAGGAAGAGAGAGACGAAAGGCCAGGGCAAACGCCCUUCGUCCCACCACAGGGAGGGUCCCUCCAAAGAGCCGGCUGUAAUUGUAGUGGAGGACCAGGAUGAUGCUGCCCUGGAAACGGGUGCUGCCUCGGAGCGACCUCCUUCGCCUCCCGCAGUGACCUACGAGGUGGCGACCGGGGGUCGCUCGACGAGGCUUUGCAUUCCUCCUCUGCCCCAAAGCUUAGGGGACGUGCAACUGGAGACCCUGAUCACCUUGCCCGCGGAGGAUCAAGCUCGCAUCUCGGCCGGUUCUGAGGACGACCUUGAUAACAUGGUCCUUUUGAGGCUUAGCCAGGCCACGCUAGGGAUGAUUGAGGUGGUCGGUAGGAGACGGGGUCACCAGGCUGCCUUGGGCGAGGCGUUGAAGACAUCGGAGGCCAAGCAGAAGGAAUUGCAGGAGGAGGUCAUCCGGCUCACAAGAGAGUUGGGGGAGAGGGAAGAUCGUUGUGCGGCGCUUGCUGCAGAGAAAACUUCCAAGGAGAACCGCUGCGUCGCCCUUGAGGCAGACAAAGCCGCCCUGUCCUUGGAGGUAGAAUCUGUUUCUGCUCGCGUGGUCGAGCUGGAGGGGGAAAAAUCUGACCUGAUCCAGCUGUUGGGAGUGGAGAGGAGCGACCGGGUCCGGUAUGCAGAGAAAGCGGUAGAAUCCUUCAAGUCUUCUCCUGACUUCGCGAUGGUCGCGAUGGAGCGGAUGGAAGAGCUAACGGCCGCUUGGCUCGAAACCGAGCCUGGGGCUCAAUGGAUGGUCAAGGAGGGGACCAAAUCCUUCAACUAUGGACUCUUCCGCGCCCAACAGGUCUUCCGCAACAGACUGGCUCAGCUCCCCAAGGGAUUCUCUCUUCCCGACCUUGGCUUCCCUCCUCCCUGCCGUUCCUUGGCCGAGUUCGACCCCAGUCCUUAUCUAGACGGGGGGAGCUCAAGUGCGUCGGAAGAAGAGGAAGAAGAAGAAGUGGAAGGCGGUCAGGGCGACCAGGAUCAGGGGACCAGCUUAGCCACGUCCAAGGCGGGUGGAAAUCCUAGCCAGAGUUUUGUAAACACUUGUUGUUUCUUCCUUUGAAAUGACUUAUCGUUUUGAUGCAAUGUUCGCAUGUUACUUGAUUCGUUGGAUCCACUAUAUGCCUCCUUUUUUCAGCGUUUUACUUUCUUCUCUUGCUUAGCUGAUUCGCAUGUAUGUUUUAGUUUGGGCCCAACUCCUAAUUCCGGCCCGUUUAUCUGUCCAGGCCCAAUCUCAGGAUUGGCCAACGUGCCGCCCAACUGACCCAAUGUCUUUCACAAUCUCUGAUUGGACCUUCGCGCGGCUCAAAGCUGCUUUAUCGGUUC